ACUAAGUUGACAGCUGCGUUUCAGCCGAAGGCCUGAUAAACUGCGGGACACAGUGACGUUCACAUAGUAUGCAAACACUUAACUCCUACGCACUAACACGUAAGUGGUGGCGUGUCGGAACUACUUUUGUGAUCAGAUUAGAUUAGAUUCAAUUUUCGUUCCAGAGAUCCGAAAAAUGAGAUGAUUCUCGUGGGUGUGGAACAAGUCAGUUUCUGCGUGCCAUUCUUGACAUCCUUCAGUGCGAACAAUACUGACAAUGCCUGCAAGAAUCUCUGACAACCUCAUCACCAGAAUCUUCAAUCUGCAAGGCAUCUGAAGGCAGACAAAGCAGAAAAAUGGCUUCACAACCCGAGCAUAGUGGUGGAUGCUAUAUGGCUGGUGAAGACAUCACAUUGUGUCAGAGCAGUGCACCACCUGAACCGUCUCCUCCCAUUGCCAGUUCUGCUUCGCAAAAUGUUGGGCACACGCAUUCCCAUUCAGAUUUAUCAGCUACUAAUUUGAAUACUCAGCAGUUGGAAACUGCAGUUCCUGAUGCAGCUGAUGGCACAGUGCGUGACACCUGGUGUCCUAGCAUUGAUAACUUACCAGAUGAGAUUCUGAUAAAGAUCUUCUCUUACAUGUCUUUCAGUGAACUCGUAGAUGUGGUACAGAAAGUGAGCUCUCGUUGGAGAAGGUUGUCCCAAGAUUUGGAGUUGUGGGCUGACAAAGAGUACCAUAUCAGAGACUCGAGUGCGAUAGAUUCGGACAGCUGUAAGGGUGGCACGACUGACCGGGAGGCAAUACAGACCUUCUGCGACACCCCGAACCUGCGAAUUGUGUGCAUGCGGCGCGGUGCCACGUCCCGUGUCUUCCGUGCUCUCUACAACAAUUGCCAGAAGCUCUCAGAGCUGCAGAUGCAUGUCACCCAGAAACUCAGCUACUCUGUGCUGAAGAAUUUGGUUGAGAAGUGCUCCAGAAUACACACGCUGAGGAUACCCAGUGAACUGCUGAAGUCGGAGAAAUUUUCGGAGGCAGUGUCUCAUCUGCAGCACCUCCGUGUGCUGAACGUGGUCCUACGCUUCACAAAAAGCACUCCCGUACUGCGACCCUUGGGGGAUGGGUGCCCGCAACUGGCCGAGGUCGACUUGAGAUCCACAACUGUUGAUAUGGACGAUCUGAGGUGCUUUCUGAAUGCCAAGAGGAACACCCUUAAGUCCAUACGCAUAAAAUGGACAAUGGCUGGAAAAAAGUGUGUUCUACCAUUGCUGACAGUCUGUGCCGACAGCUUGGAAUGUCUGCAACUUUACGGUUAUGACAUACUCCGCGACGAUGCGAGGGAGGCUUUUACUGCUCUGGGAAGACUGAAGAACUUGAAGGUACUUAAGAUGGCGAUCAUCAAACCGGCACCACCCGGCACAGCCGCUCUGGCGUUUACGGACGGUGGACUGCCAAAACUGAGGCUUCUGGACCUACGAGGAGGCUACGGUCUGGACGACAACACAGUAAUUGCCAUCAGCCGCGGGUGCCCCGCUUUGCGGGAACUCAUUGUCAGAGGUUGUCAUUUGCUAUCUGAUGCCGCCUUCUCUCAGAUCUACCAUCUGGAACAGCUUGAAAUACUGGACGUAUCACGCUGCAGAGGUCUCGACGGAGCCCUGGUCCCCUACCUCGCUGGGUUACCACGACUUCACACAUUGCUUAUGGAAAAUAUGGAUUUUCCAAAGUUGCAACCAGGUCUGAGCAGUAUCCUCGAAAUGUCCAGUUUGCGAUGCCUGAAACUCGACCAUUCCCUUGUUACUGGAGUGCCAUUUGAUAAGUUUCCAGGAAAGCUUGUCGGUCUCAGGGACCUGAGUAUUGCCUGGUGUCGAGGUGACCUUAAAGCUACAGAUGGGCUGGUCGAACGGAUGCCCAAUCUUGAAAUCCAUGGCAAAGCUGAAGUAGAGGAACCUACUGUAGGCACGGAGGAACAUGAGAGUGGGGCAGCAGUAUGGAGAUUGACAAAGAUGGUAAUAGUGACAAUAGCAGUAACAUUGAUAGUGACAGUGAUAACGUUAUGUGGGAUGAAAGUGGUAAAUCUCUUAUCUUCCUAGAGGAUGUACAGAGGUGAUGUGAUAUUUAUAGGGAGCUACGACUCUCAAUACUGGUAGCAUUUCAGUUGGAACUGUGUAACUGGACCAGAAUUUGAUACUCCCCAACUGUCAUUACUGGAACAUAUGUCAUAGUGGACUGCUGAAUGCUAUGAAACUAAAGCUAGUCAUGUAUUUCUGUAUCAUUGUGAUUACAUUGGCUGUAAAGUCAUGUUAACAGUGGCAAAAACUGUUUUGAAGAAAGGUAAUUGUAAAUCAUUUAGGAAAUAUGUUGUUGCAGAUUAAAUCAUCUACAUUACUGUUGUUUGAGCUUCCACUGUAAUUACAAUGGAUUUGCCAUCUUCAAUUUUUAACCUUAUAAAUAAAAAAAAGCAUUGUUUUAAAAUUUUAAAUUCAGUGCAUUAACGUGAUAUUAGUAAAUGAGUGUUGUAAAAUGAUCCUUUCAUAUAGUGUUAAAAAUAAUUAAUGAUCAUUCCACUUGGGACCUGUCAAAGGUACAUUAGCUUAUUUUUUGUUGUUGUAAAUAUUUGUUGUUUUGAUGUUUUGCAUUAUUAGCCUUACUACCAGAUGUCAUUGUCAGCCUUGUUGUGUUUUUUGUGUGCUGUUUAUGGGAUGUUCCAGUUUUUUCAAUUUUUUUUUUUUGUGUACAUACCUGUGCCAAAGAGGAAAAUUCUAGUGAACCAUGGACAAAAACAUCACCUCCCUGUCAUAAGCCUAAAACGGGCAAGAAAACCCUACCAUUGGUGAUGUUUUAAUUGAAUGAAAUAAGGCACUGGCAAUGAUAAGAGCCCAAAAUACAGACAAAGUUUUGAGAAUAAUAGAUGUUUGUGAAAAUCAAAUUUGUAAGUAAAUCACCACUCUCAUAGGUCUGAAUUGUUUUUAGGGUUCCGUGCCUCAACCGGUAAAAGCGGAACCCUUGUAGAAUCACUUUGUUGUCUGUGUCUGUCCAUCUGCUGUGAAGAACCCUUUUUCCCUCGAAGUGGUUGGCAUAUCAAAUUCAAAUUUGUCACUUACUAAGAUCUAUGGUCCCUUGGCAGUGUAAAAAUUUUAAGCUUCUAAGUUAAUUCAGUCAAAAGAUAAGGCCACUUUAGAACAAAGCUGCAUGCAGACAUAAAAUGUAAGUUUUAGUCAUGUUUUGGUAAGUAAAUAAAAUCAUUAUAUUAAAUCUUUUACAUCUACUUGUAUGAACUGAAGCCCACUACUGUGGAGAUUUUGAUAGUCUUGGAAUUACCGGAACUGCUGUCUUGCCAGUAUCUACAAGGCUCAUUUGAAAAGUCCACGCAAAGUCUGAGAGAUGACACCAGUGGUGCG